GAACAAGAAAGUUCAUUAGAGUUUUAAGUUUUAAGGGUUAGUUCAGCCAAAAAUGAAACUUAUGUCAUUAAUUACUCAACCAGAUUCCAAACCCGUAAGACAUUAAUGUAUCUUCGGAACACAGAUGAAGAUCUUUCUAAAGAGUCAUUGGAGGAGAUCAAACUCAUCAGAUUCUCCUGCAGCUUCAUCAUGGCUGAUUCACAAGGAUCCAGAGAUGGAGAUUUUUCUCCAGGAUGCAGUUCAGUCCAGCAGAAGAGCUCAAACCCAGAGUCCAGCUGUGUGUCUGUGAAGAGUAACCAGUCUAUGGAUCCGCCACCAAAGCUUAAGAGUGGAGACAAACAGCCUGAUCUCAGUUCAGUCCAGCAGAAGAGCUCAAACCCAGAGUCCAGCUGUGUGUCUAUGAAGAGUAACAGGUCUAUGGAUCCGCCACUAAAGUUUAAGAGUGGAAACACACAGCCUGAUCUCAGCCAUGACUCUAAACCUGCUGAAGUCCUCAACACAUUGAGAUCAAAUCUGAGAAAGAAGUUUGAGUGUUUGUAUGAGGGAAUAUCAAAGCAGGGAAACCCAACACUCCUGAAUGAGAUCUACACAGAGCUCUACAUCACAGAGAGUGAAAGUGGAGAGAUCAGUAAUGAGCAUGAGGUGAGACAGAUUGAGACACAGUCCAGGAGAACAGAAACAGAGGACACACCAAUCAAAUGCAGUGGCAUCUUUAGACCUUUACCUGGACAAGACAAACCCAUCAGAACUGUGCUGACAAAGGGAAUCGCUGGCAUUGGAAAAACAGUCUCUGUGCAGAAGUUCAUCCUGGACUGGGCUGAAGGAAAAGAGAAUCAGGACGUCCAGCUCAUAUUUCCACUUCCUUUCAGAGAGCUCAACUUGAUGAAGGACAAAACACUCAGUCUUUCAGAUCUUCUUCAUGUCUUUUUCCCUGAAACAAAAGAAAUGGAAAUAUCCAGUGACAAAUAUAAAGUGUUGUUCAUCUUUGAUGGUCUGGAUGAGUGUCGUCUGUCUCUGGAUUUUCAGAGCGAUGUGAGGUUGUGUGAUGUGACUGAAUCAGCCUCAGUGGACGAGCUGCUGAUGAACCUCAUUGUGGGGAAUCUGCUUCCCUCUGCUCUCAUCUGGAUCACCUCCAGACCAGCAGCAGCUGAUCUCGUCCCCUCUGAGUGUGUCCAUCGAGUGACAGAGGUACGAGGCUUCAGUGACCGACAGAAGGAGAAAUACUUUUGGAAGAGAAUCAGUUGUCAGAGUCUGGCUGACAGGAUCAUCUCACACCUGGAGUCAUCAAAGAGCCUCUUUAUUAUGUGUCACAUCCCAGUGUUCUGCUGGAUCUCAGCCACUGUUCUAGAGAAGAUGUUGAGUGAAGCAGAGAGUGGAGAGAUUCCCAAGACUCUCACUCAAAUGUACACACACUUCCUGAUCCUUCAGACCAACAUCAAACAUGACAAGGACUAUGAGAAGAAAGUGAAAGAUGAAGACAUGAUUGUCAAACUGGGGAAAUUGGCUUAUCAGCAGCUUGUGAAAGGAAACCUGAUCUUCUAUGAGGAAGACCUGAGAGAGUGUGGCAUUGAUGUGACCGAAGCAUCAGUGUACUCAGGAUUGUGCACUCAGAUCUUCAGAGAGGAGUUGGGCUUGCAUCAGGGGAAAGUCUUCUGCUUUGUUCAUCUGAGCAUUCAGGAACAUCUAGCAGCUCUAUAUGUGCAUCUCUCCUUCAUAAACAAGAACAUAAAUGUGUUUGACCAAAUUAUCAAACCAACUAAUGGAGACAAAGUUUCACUAUCUGAUUUCCAUCAGAGAGCUGUGGAUGAGGCUUUAGACAGUAAAAAUGGGCAUCUGGACCUUUUCCUUCGUUUCCUUCUGGGUCUGUCAGUGGAGUCUAAUCAGAGUCUCUUACAAGAACUAAAGACACAGACAGGAAACGGCUCUCACAACAAUGAGCAAACAGUUGACUAUAUUAAAGAAAAGAUCAGUGAGAAUCCCUCUCCAGAUAAAUUCAUCAAUCUUUUUCACUGUCUGAAUGAGCUGGGUGAUCUUUCACUAGUGAACGAAGCUCAACCUCGUAUGAGACGUAGAGGAUUACGUAAUGUGAAACUCUCCUCAUCUCAGUGGUCAGCUUUAGUUUUUGUGUUGUUGACCUCGGAACGGACAAUGCAUGAGUUUAACCUGAGGGGCUUAAUUGGAGCUGGAUAUGAUCAUGACACCCUGAAAGCACAAAAUACAGCAGAUGAAGUUCUUCAGAAGCUGCUGCCUGUGGUUACAGCAACUAGAUCAGCUGUGUUGAGGGAUUGUGGUAUCACAGAUGAAGGUUGUGCUGCUCUGGCUUCAGCUCUGAGAUCAAGCCCCUCACACCUGAGAUAUCUGGAUCUGACUGGAAAUAAACUAGGAUACUCAGGAGUGAAGCUACUCUCUGUUGUACUGGAGAAUCCUCACUGUAAACUGGAGACACUGAGGUUGAUGAAGUGUGCUGUCAAAAAUGAAGGUUGUGCUGCUCUGGCUUCAGCUCUGAGAUCGAACCCCUCACACCUGAGAGAACUGGAUCUGUCUAAUAAUGAACUAGGCUCAGGAGUGAAGCUGCUCUCUGCUGUACUGGAGAAUCAUCACUGUAAACUAGAGAAACUGAGGUUGUUGGAUUGUGGUGUCACAGAUGAAGGUUGUGCUGCUCUGGCUUCAGCUCUGAGAUCAAACCCCUCACACCUGAGAAAACUGAAUCUGUCUGUGAAUAAUCUUGGAAACUCUGGAGUGAAGCUGCUCUCUGCUGGACUGGAGAGUCCUGACUGUAAACUGGACACACUGUGGUUGAGUGAUUGUGGUGUCACAGAUGAAGGUUGUGCUGCUCUGGCUUCAGCUCUGAGAUCAAACCCCUCACACCUGAGAAAACUGGAUCUGUCUCUGAAUAAACUAGGAGACUCAGGAGUGAAGCUGCUCUCUGAUCUGAAGGAUGAUCCGCAUUAUAAAUUGGAUAUACUAAUUACAUUCGGAUGACAGUCUGAUCUUCUGAUGGUGAAUAAGGAUUCAUGACAGAGACUCACAGUCAGCAGAAUCAACAGAGACUGGAGAUACAGUAACUUCACUGUAAUAAAUUAAGACUUCAUUUAGAUUUCAACAAUCGUCUGACAGACCUGAUAUUUCAGAGCAGCAAAUUACAGUUUCUUAUUCAUAGAUUAACCAUUUUAUUUGUAUAAACACACUGUAUAAUAUCAAAAAGGUUGGAGUUUUGUUAGAGAAAAUAUAGAGCCUGAAUAUGUUUGUGUUUUACCAGCAGAGGGAGACAAAGACUAAUGAAAGAUUCAUUUUUCAUCAAGCUCCCUUUUGGAAAACAAAUAAUGGAAGCUUGAGUGUAUACAUUUUAUAAAAUUAUAGUUGUAUUUAAUUUGUAUUAAUGUAUUAAAGGGGGUCAUAUGAUGCGUU